AUGUCUGGAAUCAUUAGUAGUGACGAAGCUGAGCAUCAUCAGGAAAGCAGUAACAACAUGCACAAUAGUAAAUGGGUGAUCGAUGUGAAAGAAAAGCUAGAUAAGUCGAAUGAGGUGGAUGAAUGGAAGAAGAUAUGCAUUUACGGGAUACCAGUAUGCGUCAAAGAUCUGAACCGGAAGGCUUUCAAGCCGCAAGCAGUGUCUUUCGGUCCCUACCACCAUGGAGAUAGUCACUUGAAACAGAUGGAAGAACACAAGCACAGAUCACUGCUCUAUUUCCUCAAGAGAUCUAACAAACCCAUCCAGUCUUACAUGGACGCCCUCCAUCGAGUUGGUAAGCACCUCGUUGAUUCUUAUGACUGGUUUGAUGAAGCAAGUGAUGACUACCGAGAUCAAUACGGCAACUACACCGACCAAUUCUUGCAGCUCAUGAUGCUGGAUGGUUGCUUCAUGCUUGAAAUUUUACGAACGGCCACGAACACCAGUGAUGAUUAUGUUUCCAAUGACCCAAUCUUCAGUUCCCAUGGUAAACUAAACAUAAUGCCUUACGUAAGGAGGGAUACGCUCAUGCUCCAAAACCAACUCCCAAUGCUCCUUAUGGACACUUUACUUGCUGUUGAAAAUGGCGGCAAGCCAAAGGAGGAGGAGUUCCUAAACAAGAUCAUAGUUAAGUUCUAUACCCAAAAUAUGCUCACCCGUAGCUUGGGCAAAUGUCUACAUGUAGUAGACGUAUACAGGAAGAACCUUCUUCAAGAGCCACGACACAAAGUACUUCAUCAAACACAUAGUCACAGGAAUGAUGAGACCGUUGAAAGUAGUUUUGAUAUCAUCCGUUCAGCAAGGGAGCUUUACGAGACCGGAAUACGUUUCAAGACUAGUAAGACCGCGAAUCUGACGGACAUCUCCUUUCGCGGUGGAGUCCUGCGACUCCCGGAGAUUCUGGUGGAUGACACUACCGAAUCCACUUUUCUAAACCUGAUGGCCUACGAAAGGUUCCAUGUAGGUGAAGGAAGUGAGGCUACUGCUUACAUUUUCUUCAUGGACAGAAUCAUCGAUUCGGCCAAGGACGUUAGUCUCCUCCACUCUAAAGGAAUAAUAAAGAAUGCGCUUGGGAGUGACAAGGAAGUUGCAAAACUUUUCAAUGAGUUGUCCAAGGAUGUGGCGCCAGAUGAUAGUCUAGACCACGUGCACAAGGAGGUGAGUGACUACUGCAAGAUGAAGUGGAACGAAUGGCGUGCUAACCUCGUUCAUACCUACUUUAGAAGCCCGUGUGCCGUUCUUUCCGUUCUCGCAGCUACUUUCCUAAUGGCUCUCACCAUAAUUCAGACAGUAUACGCCAUACAUCCUGCGUCACCUUUGCCUGGUCCUCCUCCAUCUACUUAG